AUGACAGAGGAAGAAGAGAUGAAAAAGGAGAGGAAGACUGCAGAAAGGCCAUUGGAGGAGAGGGGUCAGUGGGGGAGUAAGGUGGAGUUCCUCCUGGUGGUGGCAGGGAACAUAGUGGGGCUGGGAAAGGUGUGGAGGUUCCCAUACCUCUGCUACAAGAACCGCGGUGGAGCGUUCCUUGUGCCAUAUUUGGUGUUUGUGGUGACCUGUGGGAUACCCCUGUUCCUGCUGGAGACUGCCAUGGGGCAGUACACCCAGGAGGGGGCCAUCACCUGCUGGAGGAAGCUGUGCCCAUUGGCUGAGGGGGUUGGCUAUGGAGGUCAGCUGAUCCUGAUUUACAGUUGCAUGUGCUACAUCAUCAUCCUGGCCUGGGCCCUCUUCUACCUGUACUUCUCCUUCAGCUCUGAGCUGCCCUUGGCCAGCUGCUCCAACACCUGGAACUCAGGCUACUCUCUGUGCUUCUCCAAUCAAAACCUCAUUGCAAACUGGACCAAACAGCCCAACAACUCCUCUUCUGCAGCCACCGAGUUUUGGGAGACACGUGUGCUGCUGAUCUCGGGGGGCAUUGACGAGGUGGGCAGUGUGAGGUGGGAGCUGCUCCUGUGCCUCAUCUUUAUGUGGGUCAUCUGCUACUUCUGCAUCUGGAAGGGAGUGAAGUCUACAGGCAAGAGAAUAAGGUCAGAGAGUAUGGAACGGUCAGCAGAAGGGAUGAAUAAGGAGAGGGAGACCGCAAAAAGGCCAUUGGAGGAGAGGGGGCAGUGGGGGAGUAAGGUGGAGUUCCUCCUGGCAGUGGCAGGGAACAUUGUGGGGCUGGGAAAUGUGUGGAGGUUCCCAUACCUCUGCUACAAGAAUGGCGGCGGUGAGUGGGAAUAUAAAUGA